UCUUACGACUGUUUAUCAAAGUCCCAGAACUUCAUAUCAAUUACUCAUAAUACUCAUAUUUUCUUUGAUUGAUUAAAAUUACUUACAAUUUGAGAAAUGCAAACCCAAAAUAACAUAUGCGUUUUGAUCGCCUACUUCAUUGUCUUUAUCCCUGUUUUUGCCUUCCUCUUUGUUCUUGGAGUUGCCAAAGGUGCUAUAAUAAGUCCGUUUGUAUUUCUUAUAAUUGCAUUUGGUGACACUGGAGUUGUGCUUGGUUUAUGGCCUCUUCAUCUUUUCUGGAGUAUUUACUGCUUGAUCAAAACAAAGAAAUUCGGACCAUAUAUGAAAUGCCUGUUGAUAUUGUUGGUACCAAUACCGAUAGCAAUUUGGACAGUGGUUGGUGUCGUAGGAAGUGCAAUAAUGGGAAUCGGUUAUGGUUAUGUGUGGCCUGUCAUGGAAACGUUCAAAGCCAUCAGCACUGAACAGGAGUCCCUUGCUAUUAAGUUGUUUAGAGUCUUCACGGAUGGAACAUGGAACAACUUAUGGGGAGCUUGUACAAUUGUUCGCGAUUUCGCUGAUUUUUCAUUUCAUUCUUAUUUUUCUGUCAUGGAUGAGAUGCUUGACUCCAAACGAGAAGAACCUAUUGAACUCAAGGUUGCGGUGUUACCUGGAUGUAUCGUAUCAGCCAUACUUGGUAUCGUUGUCGACAUUCCAAUCAUUACACUAAUAACUAUCUAUAAAACUCCUCUACUGCUGUUCAAAGGGUGGCACCGGUUAAUACAAGAUCUCAUAGGAAGGGAGGGGCCUUUCUUAGAAACUGUGUGUGUUCCUUUUGCUGGCCUUUGGAUUCUCUUAUGGCCAAUUGUUGUCCUUUUUGCCUUGCUGCUCGGUAUCCUUUCAAGUAUCGCUUUUGGAUUUUAUGCUGCGGUUGUCACAUACGAGGAGAAUUCAACCAAAAGAGGAUUGCUGUAUGUAAUUGCUUCUGCAUCCAUAUAUGAUGAGUACACAAAUGAUUUACUAUACCUUAGAGAAGGUUCCUGCUUUCCCAGAACCAGAUAUCGUGAUCGAGUUGAACCCGCUCCAGAACAGCUGCCCUUGAAGGAUCUCCGAAAACAUUCUGAUGCAGAUGAACCUUUGAUUUCUAACAAAACAAACUCACUUCAGGCAAAAGUGAUAUGGGAUAGUCUUUUCAAAGCUUACGAGGAUAUAGGCGUGGAGCUUUUUCGUGAAAGAGCCUUUGGACUUGAGGAUUUGGGUAGCUGGAAACACUCAAAGAACAAAAUUGUUAAUAUUGGGAUACCGGCUUAUGCCUUCCUUGAGUGCUUCCUUAGAUCGAUCAAGAGUGGUUCGUCUGGAUUUAUAAUGCGUGAUAAUAUUGAAAUAACGCAAGUGAACAGACCCGAGGGAAGGAUUUUCGAUUGGCUCUAUGAACCAAUGUGUGUGAUGAAAGAGCAAAUUAGGCAUAUGAAUUUGACCGAAGCAGAAGAACUAUAUUUUUACAAACACUGUCUAUAUUCCGGUGAGUUUGAGAAAGUUGAGUCAUGGCGGAAUGGUGGCGUUCCUCCCUUGGAUGAGAUUAAAAGGGGUCAAAUGGAGGGUAUUAGUAGAAGAUUGCAAGGCCUUUGCUUGACAUUAUCACGGCUGCCUACAUCAAGACGUCGGUUUCUUGAAGUUGUGAAGAAAAUAGAACAAGAAGUAACAAAGCAUAGCGGUGUUAUUGAGAUAUGAAGCUGCCCGCCUAUGGGACAAUGGUCGUGGCCUAUGUUUUAUUUUUCUCUUAUUAUCUUUGUUGUCUUGUCGUUUGUUGGGGUGAAGGUUAUUUAAUGUUCGUUUGGAUCCUGCUUUCGAUGUUAAAUAGAAAAACAUGGAGUAGAUCGGUCGAUAAUGAGUAACUAAGCCGGAAAAACUCCAUAAUUUAUUACUUAUCGCUCUAGAUGAAAUUGGUAGACUAGUUGUUAAAUUGGAUAUGAAUAGAUUUUACCUAUCUACAAGGACUUGUAAGGUUUUACUCCAAACAGAGCAAUUUGUUCGACAACUCUAAGUAUGUGAACAUCUGCAGAAUUGUCGACUCGUUUUUUUGAAAUAUUUACAUAAUCUCAUAAAUAACGCAAAAGCUUUUU